AUGUCGAUUAAUUUAUGUGCAGGUGUUUAUACUUGUUUAAAUGGUUAUUCAGGUAUACAAUAUCAAUAUGGUGGUUAUCGAUGUAGUUUUGGAUCUUGUUUUAAUAAUGAAACAUUUAAUAUAGUUAAUACAGCAUAUCAAUGUGCAUAUCAGACUGGUUCAACAGGUAAUCGUUGUGAAGUUGAUACAUCAUUUUGGAUCCGAUUUCUUCAUGAUUCGAAUUUAUCAAUUGAUAAUAAUACUCUUUUACAAUAUGCCACCACAUUAGCUGAUCGAUUUUCAACAAUGGAAAAUGUAUCAGCUGCUGAUGAGAAUGAAUUAAUUAAUCUUGGCAUUACUAAUCAACUUGAUCGUGUCUGUCUAGUUAAACAACCUUGUGUUUUUGAUGAUAAUAAAGAAAAUUCUGUAUUAACUCAACAAUUUCAUGCUUCGAAUCAUAUUCAUGAAAAUUGUCAUGGUAAUAAUCAAUCUACUCUAUUACAUCGAAAAUCGAAAUGUAAUUUAUCAUCAACAUUACUUUCUCGAAUAUCAUUUCAUAAUCAUUCUUCUUAUAACGAAUUAACAAACGAUAAUGAAACAUAUCAUUUUGAACAUAUAAUUGAGAUACCAGAAAGACUUGUGAUAAAUGAUAAUAAUGAACAAAUUCAAGCAUUACUUGAAUCGCAUCAUAAAAAAAUUCUAUCAACAUCAAGUCAUGGAAUGCGACCAAUAAAAUUAUUGUCUGCUUCGAUAUCAUUAAAAAAGAAGAUUAGUGUUGGUACUGAUCACCUUAAAAGACUUACUUUAUCAAGAUCAUUAUUUACUAGACAAACAGCAUUAAUAACAAAAAAGAUAUCAAAUAUAAACCAUAAAAUUAGAAAUCCAUUAAGGAAAAUAAAAAAUAAAAAUGAUUUGAUGUUAAAACGAAUACAAGAAAUUGAAGAACAAGAACUGAAAAAACAUCAACAAACACAGGUUUUAAGUUUCAAUAAUGAAAUUCAACAAACAACUAACUUAACUUCUCAUCAAGAUGUAGACGAAUCAAAACAUCAUGUUCAACUUGUUCAAACAUUAGUUAAUAAACAAUUCAAACUUGGUGCUACAACAACUUUUUUAACACGAUCACUUGCUAAUUAUGAUUAUAUGAAAUAG